GGUGCAGAGGAGCAGUGAGUUCUCCUUCUUUCUGCUCUCCCUCUCUGAGUCCAUCUGUACCUCUCUCCUUCUGCUGCCUCACAGUGCAGAGCUGCUGAAUCACCCCCCUCCUUUCCCCCCCCACCAGCUCUACAAUGGAGAGAGGGGCAAUGUUGGCUGUGUGUCUGCUGUGCUGGAGCUGCAGCGUGCGUGUGGUUACAGCCAUCCAGAGGGCUGGUAUGUUUCCUUAUGGCACUUUAAGUGGAGAUUUAAUUCUGGCAGAGGGCGACGAUGAAACGUCCAGAGUGCUGCCGCUGCCCAAACCCUUAUACUUCUACAACUCCCUCUUCUCCCAGCUCUAUGUGGCCACCAACGGCAUCAUAUCGGCCCAGGACUUGCCGAUGGAAAAGCAAUACGUUGACGACGGCUUCCCCACGGAUUUCCCCGUGGUGGCGCCGUUCCUGGCCGACAUUGACACCAGCGAAGGGCGAGGGCAGAUUUACUACCGGGUGACAGAAACGCCCAGCGUGCUCAACCGAGUGGCCCAGGAAGUGCAUCGAGGGUUCCCAGACGCAAAAUUCACGCCCACACACGCUGUGGUGGCAACGUGGGAGAACGUGGCGGCGUACGAAGAGCAAACUCGAACCCCUGGACCUUCAAACAAGGUGAAUACGUUCCAGGCUGUAAUUGGUUACGAUGAGACCGACUCCUACGUUCUCUUCCUCUACCCUGAGGGGGGCCUGAACUUCUUCGGGACGCGACCCAAGGAGUCGUAUAACGUUGAGAUCGAGCUUCCUGCCAGAGUUGGCUUCAGCAGAGGAGAAAUUACAUAUUUAAUCUUCUCCCGGACUGAAGGACCUCACUACAGCGUUACAAGCGAUGAGCAGAGCGUUAAAAACCUUUACCAGGUUGGUAACACAGGAAUACCAGGUGUGUGGCUUUUCCACUCCGGGAACCGCUACUCCUUCGACAACAUUGUCCCUGCGUCCGUUGGUGGACUCCUUGCUACUCCGCCACCUGGACGACAUGGCCACCACCUGGACACCACCACCCCUGAGUACGCUGAGUUUGAGGAAUAUUCAGACAAUACCUUUGACCCCGAUAACCAAGAGGAAGAGGAUGAUUACCCUCUGACAGGCGGGAACCCCGAGUUCCAGCCAGCGCCUGCCGGUGGUGACCACUCAGAGUCAAAUCCCGAUGCUCCCUCCUCUCCAGAGGAUCCUCGUCAGGUGUUGCACGGCAGCGAAGAUUUACCGCUGACCUCUGAACCCAGGUACGGGUCAGAGCCGGCGGAGAGACAGUACGCUCCCCCUAAUCGUCCAGAGGCAGCAGGACAGGGAGGCGCUCCGGGGAUUCAGGAACAGCAGCCACAGGUUCCUCUGGAGGUGGUGGAUGAGUACCCCCCCCACAGAAAUGAACCCCCGCAUCUCUCCCCUGGAGGUCACGUGGUCAGCGUGGAUGAGGAAGAUGUUGAUUUUGACACAGGAGUGAUUCAGUACACUACAGACAAUAAGGAAACAUGUUCCAGAUUCCAGCAGCAGUGCUCCCAGAAUGCAAUCUGCUCUGACUACACCACGGGCUUCUGCUGUCACUGCCGGCCCGGUUUCUAUGGAAACGGACGCCACUGUCUACCCGAUGGUGCGCCGCAGCGUGUCAGCGGUAAGGUGAGCGGCACCGUGACCGUGGGUUCGACUCCGGUCCACCUGAACAACAUUGACCUUCAUGCUUACAUCGUUGUGGGAGACGGGAGAGCGUACACUGCCAUCAGCGAGGUACCUGAGCCAGUGGGCUGGGCUCUGAUGCCAGUUGCACCAAUCGGAGAGCUGUUUGGAUGGCUGUUCGCUCUGGAGCUGCCCAACAGCCAAGCAGGAUUCAAAAUCACAGGUGCUGACUUCACUCGUCGUGCAGAGGUCAUCUUUUACCCCGGCAACCAGCGUCUGUCAAUUACUCAGACGGGCAGCGGCCUUGACGACCACAACCACCUCACCGUGGAUACUGUCAUCAAUGGCGACGUGCCCUUCCUUCCUCCUGGCGCUGAAGUUACCCUGGAUCCCUUCAAGGAGACCUACCAGUACUACCCAUCCGUGGCCACGUCCACCUCCGUGAGGGAGUUCUCGGUCGUGUCAGCGGAGCGAGGCUCCGAGUCCUUCUCCUUCCAGCUGAAACAGAACAUCACAUACCGCGACUGUCGGCACGACAACCGCGCCGCCGCCUUAGAGACGCUGCAGAUAACCAUGGAGAGGGUGUUUGUGAUGUACGUCAAGGAGGAGCGCAUCCUGAGAUACGCCAUCACCAACAAGAUCAGCCCAGUCGGAGUUGAGCCAACGGGGCCGGAGCUGGUCAACCCCUGCUACGCUGGGAACCAUGACUGUGACACCACGGCCCAGUGCAUCCCGCUAGAGGGCCAGGCCUUCCAGUGCCAGUGUGCUACUGGUUACAGAGGCGACGGACGCAACUGUUACGACGUAGAUGAGUGUGCUGAGGGUCUGAGUUCGUGCGGCGCUCACGCUCAGUGUGUGAACCUGCCUGGAAGCCACCGCUGCCAGUGCCACAGUGGAUAUGAGUUUGGCUACGACGGGCGGACCUGUGUGGAUAUGGAUGAGUGCAGCUCGUCUCCGUGUCACGUCAACGCCAGAUGUAUCAACGGACCGGGAUCUUUCCAGUGUCAGUGCCAGCCCGGGUUUUACGGUGAUGGUUUCUACUGUUCCCAGCAGGAAGGACAGACAGUUCGUCCGAAGAGCCAGUGUGAGCAGCACAGGGACAGUCUGCAGAGUGGCGUGGAGGUGAGGGGGCGGCCGGGCGUCGGCGCCUUCAUCCCUCAGUGCGACUCGGAUGGACGGUACCGACCGCUGCAGUGUCACGGCUCCACUGGACAUUGUUGGUGUGUGGACAGUCGGGGACAGGAGAGAGCAGGAACCAGGACGCCACCUGGAACAGCCCCCAGAGACUGUGACAGACCAGAGCGUCCUAAAAGUCACUGUGAGCAGCUCAGAGACAGUGUGCAGACCACCAGUCCAGACGGAUUUCCUUUAUAUGGAGCCUUUGUACCUCAGUGUGAGGACGAUGGACAGUACACACCACUGCAGUGUCACGGCUCCACUGGACAUUGUUGGUGUGUGGACAGUAACGGAGAGGAGAGACGAGGAACAAGAACAGCAGCUGGUGAAACACCCAGAGACUGUAGUAAACCAGAUGAACCAGAGCAUCCUAAGACUCACUGUGAGCAGCACAGAGACAGCGUGCAGACCACCAGCCCAGAGGGAUUUCCUAUCAUCGGAGUGUUUGUACCUCAGUGCGACGCUAACGGAGAGUACAGAUCAAAGCAGUGUCACGGCUCCACUGGACAUUGUUGGUGUGUGGACAGUCGGGGACAGGAGAGAGCAGGAACCAGGACGCCACCUGGAACAGCCCCCAGAGACUGUGACAGACCAGAGCGUCCUAAAAGUCACUGUGAGCAGCUCAGAGACAGUGUGCAGACCACCAGUCCAGACGGAUUUCCUUUAUAUGGAGCCUUUGUACCUCAGUGUGAGGACGAUGGACAGUACACACCACUGCAGUGUCACGGCUCCACUGGACAUUGUUGGUGUGUGGACAGUAAUGGAGAGGAGAGACGAGGAACAAGAACAGCAGCUGGUGAAACACCCAGAGACUGUAGUAAACCAGUUGAACCAGAGCGUCCUAAAACUCACUGCCAGCACCACAGAGACGGCGUGCAGACCACCGGCCCAGAGGGAGUCCCUGUAGCUGGAGCCUACGUACCUCAGUGUGACGACAGCGGCGAGUACAGGCCGCUGCAGUGCCACAGUUCCAGUGGAUAUUGUUGGUGUGUGGACAGUAGAGGACAGGAGAUAGCGGGAACCAGGACGCCGCCCGGUGCACCACCCACAGACUGUGACAAACCAGAUGAACCAGAGCGUCCUAAAACUUACUGCCAGCACCACAGAGACAGUGUGCAGACCACCAGUCCAGAGGGAUAUCCUAUAGUCGGAGCAUAUGUGCCUCAGUGCGACGCUAACGGACAGUACACACCACUGCAGUGUCACGGCUCCACUGGACAUUGUUGGUGUGUGGACAGUCGGGGACAGGAGAGAGCAGGAACCAGGACGCCACCUGGAACAGCCCCCCGAGACUGUGACAGACCAGAGCGUCCUAAAAGUCACUGUGAGCAGCUCAGAGACAGUGUGCAGACCACCAGUCCAGACGGAUUUCCUUUAUAUGGAGCCUUUGUACCUCAGUGUGAGGAGGAUGGACAGUACACACCACUGCAGUGUCACGGCUCCACUGGACAUUGUUGGUGUGUGGACAGUAAUGGAGAGGAGAGACGAGGAACAAGAACAGCAGCUGGUGAAACACCCAGAGACUGUAGUAAACCAGAUGAACCAGAGCGUCCUAAGACCCACUGUGAGCAGCACAGAGACAGCGUGCAGACCACCAGCCCAGAGGGAUUUCCUAUCAUCGGAGUGUUUGUACCUGAGUGCGACGCUAACGGCCAGUACACGUCUCAACAGUGUCACGGCUCCACUGGACAGUGUUGGUGUGUGGACAGCAGAGGGGAGGAGAGAGCAGGAACCAGGACGCCACCUGGAACAGCCCGCAGAGACUGUGACAGACCAGAUGAACCGGAGCGUCCGAAAACCCACUGUGAACAUCGCAGAGACGGCGUGCAGACCACCAGCCCCGAGGGAUUCCCUAUAGCUGGAGCCUACGUACCUCAGUGUGACGCACAAGGACAGUACCGGCCUCGACAGUGUCACGGCUCCUCUGGACAUUGUUGGUGUGUGGACAGUAGGGGGCAGGAGAGAGCAGGAACCAGGACGCCACCUGGAACACCCUCUGUAGACUGUGACAGACCAGUCCCUGUAGCUCCGACCCAGCGUCCCGAGAGUGUGUGCGAGCGAUGGAGGGCCAGUUUGAUCGAGCACUACGGUGGAAAACCAGAGCCGCAACAAUACGUGCCUCAGUGUGAAACAGAUGGACAAUUCAGUCCUGUCCAGUGUUACGGCGAGACCACGUACUGCUGGUGUGUAGACCAGGACGGGCGGGAGGUUCCUGGCACCAGAUCACAUGAUGUCGUCAAACCUGCAUGCCUUCCCUCUGUGGCCCCGCCCACCGUGCGGCCUCUGCCCCGCCCAGUUGUGACCUCUCCGCCGAACACUGACGUCACGCUGCUGUACGCUCAGGGACAGAAAAUAGGAGCGCUGCCUCUGAACGGGACCAGGCUGGACGCGAGUCGAUCCAAGACUCUGCUGACUCUGCAUGGUUCCAUCGUUGUUGGCCUAGCCUAUGACUGUAAGGAGAACCAGGUGUACUGGACGGAUUUGUCCGCAAGAACAAUCAACAGAGCUUCGAUGGCGCCUGGAGCUGAGCCUGAGAUUCUAAUCAACACGAAUCUGGUCAGUCCUGAGGGUUUGGCCGUGGACGUCAAACGCAGGUUGAUGUUCUGGGUCGACUCAAACCCCGACAUGAUCGAAAGCGCCAACCUGGACGGCAGCGGGAGGAAGACGCUGUUUGAAGCAGACUUGGUCAACCCCCGCGCCAUCAUAGUGGUUUCUUCCACAGGGACUCUGUACUGGACGGACUGGAACCGAGAGGCGCCGAAGAUCGAGAGCGCGUCGGUGGACGGCAGGAACCGCAGGGUGGUGGUGUCCGACGGCAUCGGUUUGCCGAACGCCCUCACGUACGACUCUUCGUCCGGACAAGUCUGCUGGGCCGACGCAGGCACUAAGCGUUUAGAGUGCAUCUCCCCGGAUGGUUCGGGUCGACGAGUGAUCCACCCGACCCUCAACUACCCGUUCAGCAUGGUUUACUACAGGAACCACUUCUACUACACAGACUGGAGGAGGGACGGCGUGAUCGCGGUGAGCAAAGACAGCAGCCAGUUCACCGACGAAUACCUGCCCGACCAGCGUUCUCACCUUUACGGCAUUGCCAUAGCAACCACCCACUGUCUAUCAGGGAGCCACUAACGACGGACCGGCAGCCGCAGAGUCCACAGGUGCUAAAAGUCUGGGGCGACCCCUGAACAGAGGGCAGGACCACCCGAACAACAGUCCUCUCCAGCGUCCCUCAGAGGAGAGGACGAUCAGCAGGGAGCAAGAUGGCUUCCUGUUGCCAGACUGACCGUCGGAGCAGAUUUACAGCCCCUCCACAGACCCGACCCCAUUAUCUCUCCUUAAAGAUAUAACCCCCAAAUAAAUGUUUUGUAAAUUUGUUUUAUACCUCAUUUUUAGUUUUUUUUUUAUUGUAUUUUUGUAUGCGAAUUUUUUCUAUUGAUUAGCUACAGAACAAUGAAAUCAGAUUUUAAAAUGUAUGAGUUUCUGUUCAUGAAGAGCUUUAAAAACAAACUUGUUUGAGCCAAAGUUCUGUUGUGAGACUGAGCACCAGCUGCUUUAAAACUCAGCGUUUCAUCAGGUUAAAACACAGACUGAAGGAAAAGUUUCUAGACUUUUUGGGAAAGUUUGUGUCUAUAUGAAUCUUAUUGUUUCCCAGCUCCGGCUUCAUAUUUAGAGCUGAGACAUUGAUCUGCUCAUCGGACUCUCAGCAGCAACGUGAAUAAAAUCAAACUACGACACCGACUGAAGAAAAACUGACAUUUACCAGACGAUAAGAAGCUGUUGUCAUCACUGACUGAAGUUGUAAUCAGAUUACUGUAAUCCGUUUCCCUCAGCCCUGUGUGCCAGUCAGAUCACAGCAACUCUGCACUACUAAUCUGUAUUUCACACACGAUGAAAUGACAUUACUUUUUUUUUUUUUUUUUUUACUACUACUACUUUUCAAAUCUUUAUCUUUUUAUAAGAUGUGAUAUUUAUAACAAUAAAAAUGUGAUUUGGUACUUGA